AUGGCUAGUAACCCAAACAAAAAGGUGGGCUCUCCGUUGGUAGACCCGCAGCAUACCAACAGUCCAUCGGCGACAGCAUCGCCGGUCAGGGCGUCGCCGGUGACAUCACCGGCAUCGCAGCAGCCUGCGGUGAAGCCGUCGGUCAUGGCGUCAAUAUCAAAGAAUAGUCUGGCGGAUAGUGCGCGCAUCAAAGCAUUGCAGGCCAAGUGGGAGGAGGCAAGGAAGAGGAGCGAGAUGAGUAGGCAGAGUGAGGUGAAGCAGUCGACUGGGGCGAAUGGCCAGACCCCGUCUACGACCAACAGUCAGGCUGAAGCCAAGAGUCAGACGGAGAGUGAAAGUGGCCUACAUAGGGUGGGUCGCUCCUCGGACGACUUGGAAUACAAUGAAUCGGACGAUGGUGACGACGGCAGCGAAUCUGGCUCGGGGUCGGAGAAGGACGAAGGCGUGUCUGAUAUCCUGGAGAACGGACCACCCGAGCCGCAACCGCUAAGGCCCUCAGCUACUGGACCUUCGAAUCAUCCCACGUGGUCUGCUGCUGAUCUCGAACGACAGCGAAAGAUCUAUCAAGCGGCGGGGGAGCUGCAGCCGUCCAAGGCGCGGUCUCACAAGCGGUCCUUUGCCGAGAUCAACAGGGAUUCGUCGUCUUCUGCGGAGCCGCCAUCUAAGAUGAGCCAACCACGGGUCGAACUCGAAAGCAUCGUCGUGUGUACGUCCAGCACCCAGGCCACGGACGCGAAUGGUGAAAAGGUCAGCCUGGGGCAAUCGGAUCAGACGCCGCCCAAGCAGGUCGUGGAAAGGCAGCAGUCGGGCGACGAUGCACACGGAGACGUGAAACCCGUUAGAUCCACAACACUCGGACUCGCCUACAUAGCGACAUACAAGGGCAGCGUGGUCAAUGCAGAUGGGAAGUCGAUGCCUGUGCUGACGAUGACGGAGAACCGCAGCUAUAAUGAACUGAUAGAUGUUGACGGGCGUCUCACGUCGGCCCGCGGAGCCCUCAUCCCCACGGGCUACAAGCUUGUCAACAGCGACAUAGCACCGUACAUCUGUCCCGUGCGUGAUUGCCAGAAGCAAAUAUCCAAUAUCAAGACGCUAGGCGGUCACUUCCGCUCCUGUCACUGCAAGGUCACAUUCAACGACAACGGUGACGGCACGCUGUCUCGCAUCGGCCCGUACACGCACGACACGUGGAAGAGCCUCCCCGGUGUUAUCGUAUCGAAGAAUCCUCUUCCGCUCAACUCAUCUCCGCCGGUCCCGCUGCAGCCGGCACCACUUCCCCCGCCCCCCGCCCCUUCUCCUGCUUCUGCUCCUCGCCCUCUUCCUUCUGCCGCCUCCCCGUCGAGGCCCACACCCAUCGCCGCCACCGCCACCACCGCCGCAAGCACGGACCCGGGACGCGGCGAUGCCUUGAGGUACCUGCACAGCUUCCUGAGCAGCUCACAGUCCACUAUCUUCAGAGAGGACGUGAAAUACAUGGCCCUUCUGCCCAUCCGCCGCGAACUGCCGGAGGCGUGGCUUGCAUACCACGGGGGCCGCGUGCUGGAACCCCAGCUCUACUCCUGCUCCCUGGCCUACAUUGUAGGCGAAGAGGUGUCGUCGCCGUCGGAGAGAUGCCACCACAUCGACGUGGCGGUGACCGGGACGGCCAAGAACUCACUCCGCCUCUCGAGACCAUGCAUCCGCCCGCCCCCGGAGAUGCCUCCGCCUGCCAAGCUGCAGUUCUCAAAGGUUGCCACGUGCGUCGGGUGCAGGUACUGGGCCCAGCUCCUUCGCAAGUCUAACCCGUGCGACUGGGCUCACCCAGCGCCCGGAGCCCGGUACCCCUCGUCGCCUUCUACUGGGACCUCCAGGGCUGUCGUCUCCCCAAAGGUCGUCGCCGCUCCCAGGGUCGAGGAUAGAAAUCCUGGCGGCGGCACCAGCAGCAGCCCAUCUGGAGGGGUCGCGCUGGAGUCUGCUCGUGCCGGUCACGAUGCUGCUGCUGUUGUCACUGCUGCUGCUGCUGCUACUGCUGAUGCUUCUGCUGCUGUUUCUUCUUCUCCUGUUCCUAGGCUGCGCACGAGCGUCCAGAAGAGCGCUGAUGUGUCAAUGGCUGAUGCUCCCUCCUCUCGGCCGGAGAAUAAGAAUGACGGUAUGACUGUGAUGGAGGACUGGGAGUUUGCUCCCGGUAAAGUCAUGGAUAGCAAGGGAAGGCAAACAAUCGCCUUUUCUACGUCAUAUCUCACGGGUACACAACCCAUCAGCAUUGCCGACGAUGUGAGCAUCAACAGGGUUCAUAUGCCGCCCGGCGCGAUGCAUAGAUGGCCAGCCGACAGGGGGAGACUCCGCUAUUGUGAGGUCAUAUCGGGCAAGGUCGAGCUCAGGAUGGACGGCAAGUCAUUCUCCAUGGGACAGGGAGGCGUCUUUGUCAUUCGACCAUCACUGGCAUGUACCGUGGAGAAUAGGCGGUACGUCGAGGCCAUCUUGAGCUGUCACGCGAUCGAGAAUUACAGCCUCGUGGAGGGCGGAGACGAAUAA